AUGGCGCCCACUGCCGUCAAAGCGGCCAGUCUCCAGUUUCUCAAACAGGUUUACCACGGCAAAUCUCUCAGCUCGUCCAAGACUGAUGUUACACUAGAUGUUGGUGAUGGGAGGAAAGUAUCUGGAAUCAUAUAUGUCUCCCUGGAAGAUCGCAUGCAGGUGGAGCAGUGGCUGGAGUACAGGUUGUACAUCGAGAGCCUGCAGGAUGUGGAGUCUGAGCGAGCUGUGUUACAGGAGUUGAACAGCUACCUCCAAGACAAGGUUUACUUUGUAGGUCACAGCCUGACAGUUGCAGAUAUACUACUGUACCACAGUCUUCAUCGGGUGUUUAAACAUUUGAGUUUUCAUGAUAAGGAAAGAUUCAUCAAUGUGUCCCGGUGGUUCAACAAUGUUCAACAUGACCGAAGAUUACGACAGUCAUUGACAUUACUGCCAUUCGUGAGAAGCCCGCUGUAUUCAGGGACCAGCUCUCAUUCAACUCAGGUCUGUGUGAGCAGCAGGCAGCUUCCACACAGUCAAUGA